GCAUUCAGUAAACACAGACACUCACCGUGAGUUUCCAGUUUGAACGUGUAUUCAGCAAGUUUGUGCCUAACAAAAUAAAAACAGUUGACGCCGUAACAUUGGUUUGCGAUUACAUUUCCGACAAGACAGAGCCUCAGAUUGCUGCCAUGUCCAGAGGAACCAGCUUUCCGAGAAGUGGUGAGGCUCCUCCUCAGUGGAGCACACGAGAACAGCGUCCUCCGCUUAAUGAAAUUGACCGCCUCCGGACGGAAAACCGCAACCUCCGAGAGAGCACUUACAAGCUGAAAGGACGCAUCUAUGGGCUCCUAGCAGAAAGGAGAGAAUUGGUCCACUUACAUGAAGUUGAGUCAAUCACCAAAGAAAUGAAGCAACUUCAGGAAAGGAACAAAAAGCUGGAAGAGGAAAGCAAAAGUAUGAAGGAACAAAACGUGAAGGUGGAAGAGACAUGGGACAUAGCAAAACUGAAAGAGGCUCUCGUCCAAAGCAGAAGUCCAGAACAGAUGGACAAGGAAUUUGUGAUUAAGAAAUAUGCAGAAAAAAUGCAUGAAAUGCUAAAGCAAAACUUUGUGAAGCGGCAGCAGAAACAAGAAUGGGAGAAAAGAAAUCCAGCAAAGAAUGACAAAGAAUUUGUGAAUAAGAAAGAUGCGGAAGAAAUGCACGAAAUGCUAAAGCAGAACUUUAUGAAGCGCCAGCAGAAGCAAGAAGGGGAGAAAAGAAAUCAAGAGCUCAAGCAGAGGCAAGAAGUGGAAGAUUAUGAGGAACUGGUGAGGAAGCACCAAGAACUGGAGGCCAAAUAUGCAGAAAUCCAGGAGAAAAACAUGGAAUGGGAGGAAAAAUAUACUCAACUUGAAACAGAGCAUAAGGGACUGGAGAGAAGAAAAGCAGCACUGCAGGAAGAGACCAAAGAAAACAAGCAGAAAUACAGCAAGCUUGAAGAAAAAUUCCAGGCAGUGGUUGAAGAGUUCAACAAAUUCAGGGAGAAAUGUCAAAACAUUGAGGAGGAAAAUGUCAAAUUUGUGCUUGAAGUGGCAAAUUUGGAGGAGAAGAACAGGGAGCUCGAGGAGCAACAAAAGAAAAAGAAAAAACGCUCCAAAUUCUUCUGGUCCAAGUCAGGCGAUGCAGAGGGCAAGAAAAAAGCCAUGAAAGCUAAAGAAAAAGUGGAUCAGGAAGAAAAAGCAGACAAGAAGAAAGGAGGUGGCUGGCGCUGGUUCACCAGAUACAAGAAACAUUCACAUGACAGAAGUGUGGAAGAAGCUGCUGGUGGCUCUGCUCAGGCUGGAGGACAGUAGUUUUCACCGUGAUCCUCCCUCCACCUCCACCUUCACUCCUCCUUUCCUCUACCCCUUUCCUUUCUUCUCUCUCCCUCUCUGAUCCCUCUCCCUUUCCUCUUUCUUUCUCUCUUCACUUCUCUUCUCGCUCCCUUUACGGGCAGCAUGGAGGCUCAGUCAUCAGCCUCACAGAAACCCUUCUCUGUCCACCAAUUGUAUAUAUUAACCAUUCAAUA